CCAGCAGCAAAAUGGUUUUGAGCAGUAAAACAUUUGCUUUUCCUCCCAGGAUUAUUUUCAGUGCUUGAAAUUAGUUACAAAAAGACAUUUAUCUAACCAUUCUUCGUUUUGAGGAGUAUAAUAUGUUCCUAAUGCACUCAGAUUCACAAAAGCAAAGUUUUAAUUUUCUGAUGGCGAGAGAUCUGCAAUAACACAUCAAAGAACACUUGUAUCAAAAACUUAUGCAGCUUUGCCUUUUUGUUUUUUUAAAAUAUUUUUGAAAGCAUUAGGUGUCCCAGAUAGGGAAAGCGCCCGAUCAACACGUGUUCGGACAUAGAUUGAUGUAAAGGUCGACAAGGAUCCGCUGGACCUUGAAGGAGGUAUCCAACCGCGAGACCGGCCACAACAGGGGGGUGCACAUCAUCCCCGUGGAUGAUGUCACUUCCGGAUGCGGGAAGAGCCGUUUGAGAAGGUGGCUAUCGGCUGCGAGAGCGAAGAUGCGUUGCCGUGGGAUGCUGCUGCUGUGGAUGCUUCUGCUGAUCGCUGCUCAGGCUCAGGAGCUCAGGCCUUCGGCUUUUGGGAGCAGCUUCCACAAUAAAACGGUGAUUCGCGUAUUGCCGGCCGAUGGAUUUGGAGUCCGCAUCCGGAGACCGAAUGUACAAAGUCAAGGGAUUCCGUUCCCCAGAGUAUCUACCAUCACUAGAGUUCAGCCGAUAUUAGUAGUGAAGCCCCCGCCUCAGAAGAUCUCAUUAGAUGGUGUAUUGCUUCAGAUGAGCCUUCGUCGGAUGGCUUACUUGAUACGAGAUGCAGAUCUUGAGCAAUAUCUACAAGAAUUGGGGUCUGUUACCUUAUUCGCUCCGACUGAUGAAGCUUUUUCGCUGGUGAACCCUCCAAAGGGGGAUCGUUUGAAGGACUUUAUCCUACAGCAUGUAGUGCCUGGCAGGAUCAUGCCUUGGGAUAUUCGCAAUGAUGUCACAAUACCAAGUCUCAAGUCCAGAAACACGCCUCUAAGAUUCAAUGUGUACGAAGAUGGCCAAAUGCUGAGUGUGUCGGGCUCUCAGUUCCUAGACGACGGUCAAGAUGCUGGACAGAUCCGAAUUCAACCCAUCGAUCGUGUCCUGUACCCCAUUUCGGACACUGACUUGAUGACAGAAAUGAGAAUGACCUUCCCCACAAUGUACGACUUCCUAGUCAAUGCCGCCCUCGCACAACAGUUGGCCAGUGGUACUUUCACUUUAUUUGCCCCCACGGACGAAGCUUUUGAGGCUCUUACGCCUGACAUCAGACAUAAACUGUCGCAGAAUCCAACUCUCUUAAGAAAGGUGCUGUUGAACCACGUGGUUCCUGGUACUCAUUACAGCGCGGUAUUAGCGCAUGGAUACUCGCUGAGAUCGCUGGGUGGAGAUGACAUACGCUUCACCAACAGAAGAGGUCUGAUUCUUGCCAAUGGAAUGCCUGUGGUGAAAUCUGACAUCUCAGUCAGAAACGGCGUCAUUCAUGCGGUCAACAGGCUGCUUCUACCGCCUGAGCUGCAUUCCAGAAGAAAACCCGCUACCGUAGCGCCACCUAGAACGACUACGCGUCCUCCUCCUGCUAUCGAAUACGAGCCCAUUCCGACGUACAGGGAGCCUCCACCAACAAAUCCUCGAUCUCUGACAAAAACGAUGAAUACUCCCCUGGUGAUGCCCGACGGCCGUAAAGAGACCUUUACUACUGCCAACUCACUUUUCAGAAGGUCUCUUUUACUCAGCACUAUCAAAAACAACGGUUCUGCUGCAACAUACACGAUCAUCAUGCCAACCGACGGCGCUUUUGGAGCCAUGGCGCCAAAUGAGUUGGACAGGAUGCGGAGGAAUACUCGGCUGUUAAGGAAGAUGAUUUUGUGUCAGAUGGUGCAGGGGAAUCUGAAUCUUACUGAUGAGGAAAUGCAAAAGGACAGACCUAUCAGGUCCCUAGGUGGAACUAUUAUCAUUUCUUCCAUCAACGGGGGAAAGUCACUCAUGGUAGGUGGUGCUCGAGUGUUGUCGAUGCGUCCCGCAGUAAAUGGCAUCGUUCUGGUGACGGACCGGGUAGCUUACCCGCCCCCCGCCCGUUCGGUUACGGAAGCCCUGAGCCCCUUUCCAACCCUGACCGGCAUCUUACAGCAGCAACCUAAAAUUUAUCAAACCCUCAGCUCAGAUGCCGCUGCCUACACUGUGUUUGCACCAACAGAUAUUGCAUUGUCAGUAUUAUCCCCUCAUCAGCUGCAAGAUACUAGUUUGAUGAAUGAAAUAUUCUGGUCGCACGUGGUAAAAGGUGCCUAUUAUCGAAGCCGACUGUCACCGGGACUCCAACUGACGACUUUACGGGACAAAAUAAUCAUCAUCCAACGGACACCUUCAGGAGACUUGCUCGUGAAUGGUAUUCCUGUCAUCGGUGACGAAAUCAUUGCUGGGAAUGGCGUUAUUCAUCGGGUAGAUACACUUUUGUUUAACGGACAACCUGAUCCACCACCAACUCCUCCUGCUAUUGCAGAUGAAGAAGAUACUCUUUUGGACAUUGCUCGACAGUUUAACGCAACUCAAUUUCUUGACUGGAUGAAACAAGCUCAAAUGAGAAAAAUUCUAAAGACUCCAGCUCUGAGGAAUCGGUGUACUUUGUUCCUGCCCACAAACACUGCUCUGAGCGCCAUCUCUCCGACCCUCCGCCUGUCCAUCCUGGAAGACCCAAGGAGGCUGAAGAAGUUCAUCCGUUUCCACAUUAGUCCGCAAAUGUUCCAGUGGUCAGCAAUGCGAAAUGACGCGUUCCUACCAACCCUGCUUCCCGGGAAACGGAUAAGAUGUAACGUCUAUGCAGGUGGAAGAACACCUGGAGUGAUGACGGUAUCAGGAUGCCGCGUAUCUGCUGUGCGUCCGUUAGACACCGAUGGUAAUGUCACAGUGGCGGUCGUGGAUGAAACUUUAAUUCCUCCUCAGGGAGAUCUGAGCUUGACCAUCGCUCAGACACCGAUGCUUUCCAAUUUCUCCAAAAUACUCAAGGUUUCAGGAAUAGAGGAUCUCCUAAUCGGUGGUGGUCCUUUUACGUUCUUCGCUCCCAAUGCCUGUGCUUUUACUGAAAUGGACCCAGAUGUGUACCAAAGACUUAUCUCUAAUAGAAAACAGGCGAGAGAAUUUGUGAGCCGACACUUGGUAAAUGGAUGCAUAUACAGCAAAGGACUACAAGAUGGCGGGACCUUGACUACGCAUGCAGGAACAGAGCUUGUCAUUCAAAUUCUACCAGAUUGCAUCCUUGUGGCAGGAGUAAAGCUACUGUACGGCGACAUGAGCUGUUCGGAUGGUGUUCUUCAUGUGUUGCAGAAUGUUCUACCCCUAUGAAUAAAAUUGAUUGCUGCUUCUAUUUAACUCUUAAUAAAUCUAGUUUCGAAAAAUCGUUGAGAGCUUUUUUUUCAUUAGAUGUUUUUAAAUUUAGUGUAUUAAAACAACUUUUCUCUUUCUAUUUGGGUUGCGUUAUAGGUCUAUCCUCUUGCAGUCCCAGUGUGAUCCUCCCACAUAGUACCUAUUCUUUCAUGUGGCAGCACUAUCGGAAGAUGCUUUUACCACCAGAAUUUUGAAACCAAGUUUUCCCACCAUAUAGAGACACCUGGGCUCUCUUCGAUGCGAAACUGCAUUAAGAAUUGAAUUUUCCCAAGAGUGCUCAAGUCAAAUAACGUUAAAACAACAGCGAACUCAAUAAUCGUAA